UUUAAAUUGGCAUUUAACUUGAACGGUUCAAGAUGAAGACCUUAUAUUUAGGAAGUCUGCUUAUAAUAACGAAUCUAUUGAUUUUCUGCGAAUCAGCAAAAAUUCUAUAUGUAAUGCCAUGCACAGCCAGAUCUCACUAUAUUGGCAUGAAGAACUUAGCGAUAGAACUUGCAACGAGGGGGCAUGAUGUGUACGCUAUCACUCCCUUUAGAGAAGAUAAACACCCACCCACGUAUCACCAGCUGAUGGUAUCAAGUGAACCUAUAUGGACCAGACUAUUUGACGUACCACCACGAGUGUUCGACAUGAUGGAUGAAACAUUUGAGUCAUUCCAAAAUGUAAUGUAUAAAAUUGGAUUUCUGAUGAACGACAUAGUCUUCGAGUCCAAAGACGUGCAACAGUUUUUGAAACAAGACCACAAAAUAGAUCUCGUUAUUACAGAAGUAUUUUUCAAUGAAGGCCUUUACAUGUUCGCUCACAAAUACCAAGCUCCCCUUGUGUUGAUGACGACCGUUGGGAACUCGUUUAAGGGAAAUUUCUACAUGGGCAAUCCUCUUCAGCUAUCAACUUUGUAUCAUGAAUAUGGAAAAGCAACUGAACCACUCAGUUUCUUCGGGAGAUUGUACAAUUUGUAUCUGUGCACGUUUGAUCUAGUCAUGCUCAAAUUUUGGUAUUACCCUCGACUACAAGAAUAUACCCUACAGUACUUUAAAGAUCUACCAGAGCCUGUCCCCAAGUUGGAGGAUAUAGCAGCAAACGCAGCUAUUUUACUUCUUAAUUCUCAUUUUAGUAUUGAUAAUGCAGCUGCGUAUUUGCCAAAUAUUAUAGAAGUUGCUGGACUGCAUAUUAAAGAAACAAAUGAUACGUUACCAUCGGAUCUUCAAAAUAUUUUGGAUAAUGCAAAAACUGGUGUUGUAUUUUUAAGUUUUGGCUCUAACGUUCAAACUAGUGAAAUGGACAUAGACAAACUGCAAGCGUUCUUAAAAGUAUUUGGAGAAUUAAAACAAACAGUUUUAAUGAAAUGGGAAAAAGAGCCUAUUCAAAAUAUACCUAAAAAUAUAAUUUUAAGAAAAUGGUUUCCUCAAAAAGCAGUUGUAGCUCACCCCAAUGUGAAAUUAUUCAUCGCUCACGGAGGUCUACUGGGACUUCAAGAGACGAUAGCAGCCGGAGUGCCCAUACUAGGGAUGCCAGUAUUUGGAGAUCAGUAUCUAAAUAUUAUUGAGACAAUGCAAAAAGGUCACGGGGACAUUCUUUCUUAUAAAGAAAUAAACGAAGAUAUUUUACGAGAGAAGAUCAAUAAAUUGCUAAAUGAUAAAACUUAUAUGGAUAACGCCAAAAAACUUGCUGAGAGGUUUAAAGAUAGACCGAUGAAGCCCCUUGAUACAGCAGUGUGGUGGACCGAAUAUGUGAUUAGGCACAAAGGUGCAGACUUUAUUAAACCACCUGUAAUGAGUUACAUCGCAUACCAGAAUCUUGAUGUAUAUUUGUUUUUGAUAAGCAUAUUAGUAAUAAUUUUAUAUACAAUAUUGAAAAUAAUUAAUAUUAUUAAAAAUGUUUUAAAACGCCAAAAAAUCAAGAAACAAAAAAAAAAUUAGCUGAAGUAGUAAAGAAACUGUUUUAAACUCGACAGCAAUGAAAGCGAGUCACUUUUUGAGGAGGC